UUUGCUGGGACCCGUGAAGAACGCAUGUGCAUGCACUUCUCCUGCUUGUUUUAAAACAUUUCUUCUGAGUUAAAAUAUAUUCGUGGAACAAUGAACUACUUAACGUCAAUUAAAAAGGUUAUAUUGCUUCAGAACACACGGGCACUGAUGUGUGCUGCAUCCUCAGUCCAAAAUGAAUUAUUAACUACACAGAAGGUGCCUUGGGGUGCCUUGCUGACUAACAGACAGUACAGAUCAAUGCCAACACAUGGAAUUGGAAAGUACAGACAUCUUCUUCCAAAAACAUUACCAAAGAAGAAGAAAGACAAAAUUCAAAUGAAGCAGAUUAAAGCUGCAAGUGACACAGAGUUUGGUGUGUUAAACGUGUGCGUCUCAGGCUAUGACAUGACACUGGUGGAACAUUAUUCUCAGUACAUCCACAAUUUCUGCAAUCACUUAGACAUCAAAGUUGUUGAAAGCUAUGCCCUGCCUACGAAAACCACAGAGGUCAUGGUGAUGCAAGACCAAGGUACCAAGAUGUAUGUAGAUGGGAUUCUGAAAACAUAUGAACGUUUUGUUCAGAUAAGUGAAAUGAAGGCAACCCUUUGUCCAAUAUUCAUGGAGGUUCUUCUGAAGAACCAGCCUGAAGGUGUACAACUCUGUGUGAAGGAGCACACAGAAGCAGAUUUCCAGUCUCGUUUCAAAGCAAGACCAGAGCUUGAGGGACUUAUUGCAAAAAUGAAUAAUUAAAUGAUACAAUUUUAAAUAGUGUUUUUGUAUAAAUAAUGUUGUUUCAUUCUAUUCUUUCUUUUCCUUAUGUGCUGUAAUUAAUAAAUCUUUAAAGA